AACAUGGAGACAAUGAAUGAGCUUUAUUCAAGGCUUUACAAAGAAGCUGAAAAGAUCAAGAGAUGGAAAGUCACUAUAGAAUAUGAAUUAAAGGAAAAGGAAAGAAAAUUGCAAGAAAAAAGAAAGAUAGUAGAAGCACAACGUAAAGCUAUUCAAGAGUUACAGUUUGAAAAUGAAAAACUAAGCUUAAAACUGGAAGAUGUAAUACAUGAAAAUAAAGAUCUUCUAAAAGAAAACAGUGCUACAAGACAUUUGUGCAAUUUGCUCAAAGAAAAGUGCAUGCAAUUGAUGGAGACAUAUAACAAAUAUGAACGUGAACAAGAGGAAACCAGACAGGAGUAUGUGGAUCAUAAUAAUAACACGGAGAGAAUGAUACAUGCCUUUGAGGAACUCCGUGUACAAGCAGAAAACUCCAGAUUGGAAAUGGUUUUUAAAUUAAAAGAAGAAGCAGAAAAAACAGGACAACUUGAAAAAGUUCACAAAAGAGAGAUGGAUGCAAUGGAAAAACAGGUUUCAGACUUGGCAGUGCAAAAUGGUGAAAAAGAUAAUAAAAUAAAACACAUAAACCUACAGUUACAAGAAUCAAGAAAGUUCAUUGCUGAGUUAAAAGAAAUAAAAAAACAACAUGAUGAAGAGUUUAAAAAAGCACAGACUAAACAAAAUGACUUAUUGACUGAACUGGAAGAAACUAAAAGUUUUUUGCAAAAGGCAGAGAAUACUUGUAAGGGUUUAGAAACUGAGUUGCAAACUGCAGUAAAAACAUUAAUUCAAGUAACGGAACAAAAGGAAGCAACAAUAGAAGAAUUUAAAGAAUUUAAAGGAACAAGUGCAUCAGUUAUUGAUGAUCUCCAGACUAAAGUUUCCAGUUUGAAGGAACUGCUAGAAAAAGAAGAAAUGAGACAGAAGGAACUCAGGGAUGAUUCAGAUAUAUUGGUUUUGGAACUCCAAAAGAAAUCAGCUGAAUUAGAAGUGAUGGUCAAACUGAAAAAUGAUAAAGAAAAACAACUUGAAGAAAAGGAAAUAGCCUUGGAAAGUUCAAUCAAAGAUCAAAAAGAUUUGAAGAACCAGUUGGAGUAUGCACAGUCAGAAAAAAAUCAAUUAAUAAAGGAAAAGGAAUCUAGAACUGCUGAUGACUCUACUAUUCAGAAAAAAAUGCAUGACUUGGAAAUGGAGUUAUCUAGAGCAUUUGAAAAUGAACAAAAUUGCUUAGUGCAGCUUACAGCAGUGACAGCAGAGCUCGAAAAAGAAAAAUUAAAGAAUGAGCAACUAAGCCUGGAUUUGAGUAGACUUUUAUUGGACAAGGAAUGCAUUGCAACAGAGAAAAAUAAUAUAGUAAUUGAUUUUAAAAAGCUUCAAGGAGAUCUUAAGGACAAUAAAAGGAUUGGAGAAAAAGCUGAAAAGCAAAUACAAAACCUAAAAGAAACAAACAUCCGGUUAAGGCAAGAAAAAAAUGAGAAUCUUUUCACUAUAUUAUAG